CAUGGUGGAUAUGCAGAGCGCAGAGGAGAUAAGCAGCGGAACGCGGUUGCAGAGCGAAACAGAUGCGCAAAGUACACUGAGUAAGAAAAGUAUGAUGGGGAUUCAAAGUGGAAAACUUAUGCAGAGAACUGAAGAACUGCAGAGUGGAGCACGUGAGCAGAGCCUUUCCACUGCACUGCAACAUAAAUUUGAUCAUCUUGACUCUAGAAAUGAAAGCUUACCUGCUAAUUAUACCUAUCUCCAUGAAGCCCGUCACCUAUCCACCACCAGCUGCCCCUACAGACAGGACUGUAAAUCCGAGAUGGAAGAAACUGAAAGUUACCCCCAAUGUGAUGGCCAUCUCUCUUACCCCAUAACCCUAACCCAGUCCCUCACUUGUACCCCUUGCCCAGGGAGCCAGAGUUCAGAGAAGAAACAGGUGACCCUAGCUAAUCACCAUCUGUGGAGUAAAUUUCACAAGCAUCACACAGAGAUGAUCAUCACCAAACAAGGCAGGCGCAUGUUCCCAUUCCUCAGCUACCGUUUGUUAGGUCUGGAUCCUUUGGCUCAGUACACGUUACAUGUGGAAGUGGCUCUGGCAGAUCAAAAUCACUGGAGAUUCCAAGGAGGAAAAUGGAUCCAAUGUGGCAAGGCUGAGGGCAACAUGCCAGGGAACCGAAUUUACCAGCAUCCUGAUUCUCCAAACACAGGUGCUCACUGGAUGCGGCAAGAGGUGGUAUUCAGCAAACUCAAACUGACCAACAACAAAGGAGCCUCUAGUAAUACGACACAGAUGGUGGUACUGCAGUCCCUUCACAAGUAUCAACCGUGUCUGCAUGUGAGACGAGUGACGGAGUCUGGAGUUGUAGAGACCCACAGUCACACCUUCACUUUUCCAGAGACCCAAUUCAUAGCUGUCACAGCUUAUCAAAAUGCUGAAAUUACACAGCUGAAAAUCGAUCACAAUCCGUUCGCUAAAGGAUUCCGAGACCACUGUGAAGCACAAUCUGCUGAACGCCAAACACCAUCACCACCUGUCUGCUAUCCUAAUCCUUUCUUGCACAACCCGCUGCAGACUGCACGUCUCUACUCUGUAGAACAGAAAGAUCCGCCACCUUGGUACUUAUCGACUCAAGGUAUUGCUCCACCCUGGGACUGCACACCUUAUGAAACCACAGGCAAAAUGGCUGCAGCCUAUGCCAUGAAGUGUUAUACCCAGCCACCUCCUCUGGGUUAUUAUGCAGAUACACUGGCUUCAGCCUGGGCAGGACCAGCACAGCACCAUCCAAAACCCAGUCCUACACCACCUAGCUGGGCUUUUCCCUUUCUAGAUAACAGAGAAAAGGAAGAGCAAUCUAGUCUUUGGGGAGACCAUCCAACAUAUAACGAGGACAGCAAAAGGCGGAGAAUGUCACCAUAUAAACCAGAUGGAUCCCCCCACAUGUAUGACAGAGACACAGACUUGCCAUUCUAUGGGUUUUACAGCCAGUAACAUUAAC